GGAGAGCGUGAAACUCAAGCCAUUGUGCAAGCGCAUCAGUCUUCUCGAUUUCAUAACGACAACACCAUUGUAAUUUUAUGAGGCGAGGAAGGGUCCUUUCCGGCUGAUUUUUUUUUUAAACUGUUCCUUAUAAAAUACCGUUGCGGGGGACAGUUACACAUUUUGCAAUUUCGCUUUUGAAACUUGCUAAAAAUACGUUCAAAGACAAGAAAUUUUUUUUUUUUAAUUUUUUCCAAAAAACGCGUGACGAGACGAUAGAUUUACUUCCCCUGAUUACGAAAUGCAUAAUUAUUGUAUGUUUUUUUCAUUAUUGUGCCUGAAAAACGGGAAAAACUAUCUAGUAGUUCACCUACUUUCCGUUGGUGGCGCCAGUUUGUCUCCUGCGCACCCUUAAUUUAUCUUAAAUUAACUUAUUCCUGGCUAAGUCGCACGCAGUUCUAAUAAUCUUGUCACGUGCAGCGUGAACGCCAGUAAAACCCUAAGUCCUUAAAAAUAAAACCGCACGGACGCGCAACAUUAUACAGUCUUCAUGUUUUCACCGCACAUUUUCCACUGGAGAAUUUUAUGCUUAGUUCAUGUGGUUUAGGUCUGUAUUUCAGUUAGCGCCAGAUUGGUGUAAGUGUGUCCACUUUUGGUACUAAAAUAUUGAAUCACUUCCUCUGGUAUCACCUGAAAGGGUAUCUGCUCAAAAAGUUGCGUACAUUUAAUGACGGAAACCAUGUACGUGUAGUCCGACAAGAAACAUUUGAUUACAGUUUAAAUUACUAAUUCUAAUUUACAUUUCACAUAAUCGAAAUACGAAGUUUCCCCAUUUAUCAUGGAUAGAAGGAAAAUGUCAACUGCAGGGGACUCCCUGUAUCAGAUUUUACAGAUACCAAAAACUGCUACUUCAGAGGAAAUUAAAAGGACUUAUAGGAAAUUAGCAUUAAAAUAUCAUCCUGACAAAAAUCCAAAUAAUCCAGAAGCUGCAGAAAAGUUUAAGGAAAUAAAUAGAGCACAUACUAUAUUAACAGAUUUGACAAAACGUAAUAUAUAUGAUAAUUAUGGAUCUCUUGGAUUGUAUGUUGCUGAGCAAUUUGGCGAAGAAAAUGUUAAUGCCUACUUUGUUGUUACCUCCGGUUGGGGCAGGGCACUCAUUCUAUUCUGUGGUCUGAUAACUGCAUGUUAUUGUUGCUGUUGUUGCUGUAUUUGUUGCAACUUCUGCUGUGGUAAAUGCAAACCAACUCCACCAGAGAACAGUGGAGCAUACCAUAAUCUACAGGACAAUGGUUUAGUACUCUUGUUCAAUAAUAAAUACUUACAUCAAGUAUUACAAUGUUGCCCAAACUUAACUACUUAAUAAAUGGAAUUGUUACAUUGUUCUUCGAACCUAGAGGCGACGUGAAUUUUGAUGUCAAAGCUACUAUGAUUAGAAAUGUUUGAGUAGUACUUCGUAUUAGUAGUACUUUGACCAGCUCCACGUUACAAGUUAACAAGAAACGUUAGAUGAAGAGUAGGAUAAAAAGUGCAAAGUAUUAUAUUAUAACUAUUCUCAACGCAUAAUUGCUCCCACUCAUCAGAAUUUUAAGAAACUAUAAAAACUUUAAUAUACAUUUUUAACUAAUUCCGUAUUUUAAGGGUGUAUAUUUUUCCUUUUUUCAAUAAUCCUAUUUUGAUUAAACUUAUAAAUUCAAUUGCAUAAAAGAGAUCUAAUUAUAUACAUAACAAGUUCGGGUAAGAAAUUUUUCUUUACUUUUUGUGUUAUUAUCACAAUUUUAAUAAACACAUAAUUGUAUAUCAUGUAUAUAGUAGCACAUUUGUGUGUUCUGGUGUAUACAUUUUUGUUGAAUUUAUGUUUCUAUCCUCUGAGUAUUUAUUGUUCAUGAUAAAUGUAAUCUGUUUCAUUACUGAUUUGGUUUUAUUUAGAUCAGUGUUGUUCAAGGUCAACUAUGGAAGCUCUGAAUUACGAAUUUACUAUAUCACCUAGUGAAAUGAUGGGAGAUAACGGACACAUGCUAUAGUAUUCUCAAAAGAUGGCUUUUGAGAAAAAUGUUCAUAGAGGCUCUGCAUUCACCCUAAUGGAUAACCCUCGGAGGUUAUCUUCUCAGAACAGUAUUGCAUUAAUGCGUGAUCCGUGUUCAUGUAGUUUUGUAUACAUUCGUUGCCACCACGAUUUGCUGUACUAAGUGAUAUGCUUCAUUGUUCGUAAUUCAGAGUUUCUGAAAAUAUCCUAAAAAACUCUGAUUUAGGCCACUAAUGAAUGUAAAUAUAACAUUUGAAUCACUUAAAUAAUUUCAUAAGUAUGUAGUUAAUGACAAUUUAGUCAACGUUAACGUUAAGGAGCAACUUGCUGCCUCAGUCUAAUUGCAUGUAAUGUCAUCAUAGUGUUUUGUACAUAUUCAAUACUGAAUUGGAUGUGAAAGCACCACUUCGAUCUAUCAUGAAUUUAUCAGACGAAAUAUAAUUUAAGGGAUUUGAAAACACUGUUUUAUUUAAUGAAACCUAUUUUAUAUAUGGGACAUUUAACAUAAAAGUGGUA